AUGACCUUGACGUCUUCUCUCGUUGGCCAAUGCCUUGAAUGCCCACUUCCGUUAGCUCUGCCGCAAGGCCCGAGUGGACCGGACCACUCAGGCAAAAGCCGGCCUACGGAGUUUACUGGUAUGGCCCCGAUCUUGGAAUGGUGGGGCAGCAACAGAGGUCCAGCAAACAAGGUCGGGCAUUCUUCUCUUUGUCUUGUUUUGCUCUUAUUGCAAACCAACUCCAUAGUCUCAAAACUAAUCCAAAGAGUCUUAAACUCUCGAGGAAAACCAGCCAAGCGUUGGCAAGUUGAACCUCUAAAACCAUCUUAUGGACCGUUCAGCUCUGACAGCCUCAGUGCUCCAUCGAUGCCCAUGGCACCGCUCACUGACGAGACCAUCGCCGCCGCAAAGAGUGCUGAUGCCGUCCUUCUCGGCGGUCCCGAAUGUGGCAACGGCGCUGUCCGACCCGAGCCAGGCCUUCUGAAGCUUCGCAAGGGGAUGGACAUAUACGGCAAGCUGUGGCCUUGUUUCUUCGCGUCUGGCUCUCUGGUUGACGCCUGUCUCCCCGAAGCCUCUGUAUGCUGCGGCACAGUUUUAUCAUCAUCCCUGUACACACCGGCGCUGUUCACUUUAGCGAGCGUAAAUUCCGGCUCAGAUGAGACACAAAACCUUACUCCUAUACCAAGGCUGGGCGUGUUGACCAUAUGGUUGGGUUCCUUGCCCGUGGUCGCGGCGACAAGAAGCAUCGGCCUUCUGCCCAGCGCUAACUUGAGCCAUAUUCUUGAUAUAAAGGGCGUCCCCAAACUAUUUGGUACGAUCCUAUCUGUUGCUAUGAUUCUCUGCUACUCUCUCAACCUGCCCGUGGAGGCCAAGGCUGUUGAGGGGGUUAUCCGUAUGGCUCUGGAAGGUGGUCUGCACGCCAAGGACCUGGGUGGUAACACAACCACAGAGGAGGUUGGUGAUGCUGUUUUUCAGGAGCUGGAGAAGAUUCCCAAGGCUUAA